AACUUGAUCAUUCUUAGUUGAAGAAAGAAGAAACAACGUGACUGUUCUUUCCUCACAACAUAAACCCAUUCAAGAAACAACGUUUGACAUAACAAGGCAUUGUGAAGUUUGAGGUGUUAGUUUUUUUCUACCAAAAUGAAUACCACCCAAGUUGCUACAAUGAAGCCUAUGAUUUAUGUUAAAAAUGCACCUCAGUUGUGCCCCAGUUUUCAUUUUAAACCAUGUACAUUACCAAUGGGCUUCGACCCUCUCUCUGUGACAUCCAAGAGCGGAAGAAUUAAACCUUCAUUUGUUUUGCAAUGUGUGCCUAUCCUUAAAUCCCGGCAGCCUCUACAUGUUUGUUUAGCAGGUGGACGAGGAAUGAUGGACAAUAACGAGGAUUCCCAGAGGAAAUAUCUUGAGAAAGCUAUGGAAAAACUUAAGGGACAGUCAAUAGAGGAUAUAUUACAACAACAACUGCAAAAGGGAGAAAAUGGAGGCAAGCCUCCAAGAGGACGAGGUGGUGGUGGCAGUGGUGACAGUGGCAAUAUCCCUGGUGGAUCAGAGGAUGGAGGCUCUGAUUGGAUGCAUGAAACUCUUCAAGUUGUUUUAGCAACAAUUUCUUUUAUAUGUCUGUAUAUUCUUUUCAUCAACGGCUUAGAACUUGCAAAGCUAGCUAGGGACUACAUCAAGUUUCUUUCUGGUGGAAGACAGAGUGCUCGACUAAAGCAAUUCACAUACAAUUGGAGACGAUUUUACAAGAUUAUCACUGACAAGUUGUCAAGCAUGGGAUUGAGAAAGCCUUCACAUGGAUGUUCAAGCUUGAUGUCUUCUGAGGUGUCCUCACUCCUUAAGCAUUACAUGAAAUCAAAUCCAGAUGAAUAAAUUUUCUACAUUUUGCAUCCUUCAUUCAUAUGAACUAUGGUUUUCUUCUUUAGGAUAAAUAGAGCACAUACAAUGUCAUUCUUUGGUUGCCGUAUUAUCACCAUUUGAGAAUUAGAAUUUAAAUUAAUGAAAGUGUUGCAGUUUUGCUGAACAGAUGAAAGUUUGGUUUUGUAUAAUUUUGGGAAUAUUGUUUUUUUGAGUCCAAAUUUCUUUCGGUAAGUUUUUGAGUAUAUAGUGUAGAAGCCAUUGUUUGAUGUCAUUUUUAUUUGUGGUAAUUAUGCUUAUUUUUUCUUGAAGACAGCGCUUA